UGUGUGAAGUGGAACACGCCGAUAGCUGUCUGAUUAAAGACAGGCUAGAAGAAGGUAGAGUUUGGGUGCGUUCGACUUGGGCGUUAGGUCUGUCUGCAGCUGACGUGACGUGGAUUGCGAUCUGCCGGCGGCUGCAGGAGGGGAGUGUAAAUUGACUGCAGCCAAGCCGGACAACUUCUACUGCUCUUAGUCUGCGAGACCUGACUGCAAUGGCCGAUCUCGCGGCGUUGGCGUUUUUCGUGGCAGACGAGAUCGACAUCGUGGAAAUUCCCGUGUUUUUGCAUGAAGAAUUCGGCGAACAGCGAAGGCAUGUUUCAAAACGUAUUGGGUUUGUGAAUGAUGUCAUCCCUCUAUACAAUCUGUCAGAGUUUAGGAGUCACUUCCGGCUUUCUAAAGGACAAGUGGAGGAUGUCAUCACCACACUUGGUCCUGUGUACCAAAAUCCCCUGAACACCAAAGUCCCCUUAAAAGACAUUGUCCUGGCCUGUUUAUGGACCCUGGCAAAUCAAGAGUCCUAUAGGAUUGUUGCAAACCGCUUUAAUAUCAGCAAGUCCACUUUGAUGGUUCAUUUCCAUCAGUUCUGUGUGCUGAUAAACACACACAUGGCACAUCAUGUCACCUGGCCAGUGGGCGAAAGUCUUCACAGGUCAGAGUUGGGAUUUGCUAGGGCAGGUUUCCCAAGGACCGGAUUGGCUGUCGGCAGCUGCCACAUCCCGAUUAGGAAGCCACACCGAAAGAACCCACUGACAUACCUAAACCGGAAAAAAAAUUAUUCUGUCAUUCUGAUUGGGUUUUGUGACAGUCAGCGGAGAUUCUGCCACGUAAGCGUGGGCCACCCUGGUAGCUGGCAUGACGCCAGAGCCUUCCGGCACACGGCAGUUGCUCAGGCUCUGGCGGAGGAUCCGCCAUCCCUCAUGCCAGAGGGUCUGCACAUCAUUGGAGACUCAGCCUUCCCACUCUUGCCUCAGUUGCUGAAGCCGUACCAGGACAACGGACGCCUCACCGCCCGGCAAAAAAAAUAUAACAGGAAACUAAACGGUGCCCGUAUGGUCAUCGAACAGGCAUUCGGGAUUCUAAAAUCCAAAUUCCGCCGACUGAAAUACCUGCAAAUGGACAGUAUUCAGAAGAUUAGUUCAGCAGUGUGUGCCUGCUGCAUCCUAUACAACCUGUCCUACGAUCCUGGGGAUCAGCCCCCUGACAUAAUUAGCAAUGAGGCCCUGGAUGAUGACACUUAUCCAUCUCAGCCUCUAAAUGAACAGGCACUUCAUUACAGAGACACUAUUUGCUGUAGUUUAUAAACACACACCUCAGCCUCUUACAUGGCAAGCAACUGCUCAUAGAUAUUAGCUCCGCCUUCAACACAUUCAUCCCUCAAAAGCUGAUUGUGAAACUGACUGGGUUAUUGGUUAGGCCUGAACCCCACUCUCUGCAAGUGGAUUUUGGAUUUCCUGAUGCAGAGGCCCCAGUUUGUACAGUCAGAUUGCAACACCUCCAACAGCAUCACGGUACAGCAGUACAGGAGCUCUGCAAGGCUGCGUUCUUCGUCCUCUGCUCUUCACCCUGCUGACUGAUGACUGCAUACAGGAGCAGCUCACAGCACCAAUCACAUCAUCAAGUUUGCAGAUGAUGCAGCUGUGCUGAGACUGAUAAGCCUGGACUGCAUGCAGAGAGGAAGUGGAACGGCUGUCCGCAUGGUGCACAGACAACAACUUAUCUCUCGACGUUGAAAAGACAAAAGAGAUAAUCAUGGAUUUUAGAAAGACUUGUCCUGUCCAUACUCCACUCAACAUCAACGGGUCAGCUGUGGAGAUCGUAAGGAGUACCAAGUUCCUCGGUGUGCACAUAACUGAGGAACUUGCAUGGACGGACACCCCCUCCUCCCUAACCAAGAAAGACCAGCAGAGAUUAUACUUCCUGCGGCAGCUGAAACCGGCAAGGCUCCUCCCUUCCAUCCUCACCACGGUCCACAGGGGCACCGGCAACAUUAUUCUGACCAGCUGCAUCAAUACCUGGUACGUCAACUGCAAAACAUUCGAUCGCACGCGCCUGCAAUGGAUAGUGAAAACGGCAGAGAUCACUAUCGCGCUGCCUCUUCCUUCAAUAGAGCACACAUUUCACAAGCACAGUGUUCGCAAGGCUUGCAGCAUUGUGCAGGACUCCUCACAUGGACUGUUCACUCUCCUGAGGAGGGGAGAUCCUGCAGCAUCAGAGUCACGUCUGCGAGGUUGGAGGACAGUGUUUAUCCCCAGGCUGUCAGGCUCCUCAGCACUGUGCCCCCACCCCCCAGGGAUCUUCCCCACCGCCUCAUUAAUCUCUUAAACUACAAAGCAGAACUUUACACAUGCACAGCCACUUUACUGUCUGGUUUGCACAUAGACCUAAAUCACACAGCAUAUUUAAAUAUCUCUUGCACAUUGCUUUUGUCACUUUGUCAUGCCUGCGAUAUGAAAAAUCAUCAUUGUUCUGUACUGUUUCUAUUGAUAAUCAUUAGCUGUAAAACAUUCUGACCCGUCAGCUGUUUACACAUGUCCUUAUAUUAUCACACACUGCUUUCAAUACUGUAAGUCAUGCUGCUGUUCUGAUAAACGUAAACACAUUACUUGCUACAUGCCACACUGCUGCUACUUUUUUGUCUGGGUUUGUACAGUCUUUGUCUUUGCACUACGUUGUGUAGUGUUUUUCAUUUGUAUUUGCUUUAAGUAUUUGUUACACUGUGGAUCCUGAGCUUUGCCAUUUAGUCUCACUGUAUACUGCUAUAUGGUUGAGAUGACAAUAAAGUUCACUUUGACAGAUC